CAAUUCACGGUUUCGAUUUUUUUCGUCUCGUUUUGAUGACGCAAUACGGAGCGACAAGCACUGAACGUUCGUUCGCCGUGCGAAUCACGCCUGAACUCCUGUAACGUUGAAUCCGCGCAGUAGCGGUCUGUUCUGUUCGUCCUCCGUGAAGCAGCACACGCCGAGAGGACUGAUCGCGUUUCCACAGACAUCUGACGCUCGCAGAAAUGGCUGAAUCAGACGUGAAUCCUAAAGCUUAUCCUCUGGCUGACUCCACUCUCACCAAAACCAUCCUGGAUCUGGUGCAACAAGCGGCCAAUUACAAACAACUGAGAAAAGGAGCCAAUGAAGCCACCAAAACUCUGAACCGUGGGAUUGCGGAGUUCAUUGUGAUGGCUGCUGAUGCUGAACCACUGGAGAUCAUCCUUCAUCUGCCUCUGCUGUGUGAGGACAAGAACGUCCCGUACGUGUUUGUGCGCUCCAAGCAGGCCUUGGGCCGCGCGUGCGGCGUGUCCCGACCCGUCAUCGCCACCUCCGUCACGAUUAAGGAAGGCUCUCAGCUCAAGCCUCAGAUUCAAUCUGUGCAAAUGGCCAUCGAGAGACUGCUGGUCUGAGAGUCUGGUCCUCUUAGCUUGAUUUGUUUUGUUUAUGCUAAGUUUUAAAGUGUUUACUUUUAAUUCUUCUCAUUUUGCCAUUGGUCAGGACAAGUACAUGUAUAUUUAAUUACUGAAUUACUAAAAUAAUGAAUUUGCUUUUUUUUACCACUUCUGAGAACACACUUUGUUUGACAUUAUGGAACAUUUAAAUUAACAGUUAUGAAGUAAAGCUAUAUGUCAAUCAUUUUACAGACUUGUAAUAAAAGAGACUCCAUAUUCACUGAUAAA